GUCUACUGUCAGACCACAGAGGGUCAUGUGACCGGUGCACCACAAUUGGGGAUAUAGCUUCUUCACACCUUCUCCUCCAUCAGCUGUUGAUGUUCCUUUGUUCCCUUGAUUCUACCAAUACGUCCUCAGUCACCCGUAAGAGGUACUGAUCCUCAUUGUGAUUUCGUACCCAGCAAUUGUUUACCUCAUGCAUUCAACAACCUUCGCCGCGCUUAUAGGAUUUUUCCUCCUGAUUAGCGUGUUCUUGGUCACACGCCGGCCGAAAGCAUCUUCCUCUUCCUUACCCUUACCACCAGGACCCAAGCCACUGCCUUUGAUAGGCAAUGUUCAUCAGGCUCCCAAGUCCCAUGGAUGGAGGACCUAUCGCGAAUGGAAUGAGCAAUACGGACCCAUCGUUCACCUCAAUAUGCUUGGACAACCGGUCAUCAUUUUGUCGACCUCGGAAGUAGCCCAUGACCUGCUCGCCAAACGUGGAGUGAUCUUUUCCGACCGACCUCGACUGUUCCUCGCGACGGAGUUGGCAUUGAAGGGGCUCAACAUCCUCAUGAUGAACUACACCGACCAAUUCCGGCAUCAUCAGCGGCUCCAGGUGUCCGUGCUGAACGCGACUCCAGCUGCAGCAUAUCUCCCCAUCCAAGCCCUAGAGUCCCAACAGUUGCUGUACGAUCUCUUGCAAACAAGCGGAAGCGCGGGGAUUGAUGUCCAGGGACCGUUCCAGCGGACCACGGCCAGCAUCAUCCACACCUUAUUGUACGGCUUCCGGAUUCAAGACCCCAACGACCCGGUGCUCCGUAGCGUGGUCAAACUCAACGAAGAGUUCUCCGAGUUCAUCCAGGUGGGCGCGCAUAUCGUCGACCAGUUCCCGGUGCUGAACCACCUGCCGGGCUUUCUGGCGCCGUGGAAGGCAAAAGCGGAGAACCACUAUACCACUAAGUAUAGCCUGCGUCUCAGCAACUUCCGCCGGGCGCUGGAGGAUUCGGACGCCUGGAACAUCUCCAAGCAGCUGAAGAAGACGGUUGAAACGGAUGACAAUCGCGACAUGCCCUUGGACGAGCUCGCUUUCGAGCUGGGGACGAUGAUCGACGCCGCGCUCGACGGCACGACCGACAGCCUGGUCUGGUUCGUGGUCGCAUGUAUAACCCAAAAUCAAGGCUUUAUCACCAAGGCCCGCGCCGAGCUCGACGCCGUGGUCGGCCAAGCCCGGCCGCUGCCCGACGAUAAGCCCAACCUGCCGUACAUCACCGCGAUCGUCGAGGAGGUCCUCCGGUGGCGGCCCGCCGGCCCGGAAGGCGCACCGCACCUCAACCGCGAGGAGACGACCUACAACGGCUACCGCAUCCCCAAGGGCUCGGUAGUGGUGGCCAACAUCUGGACGAUCGCCCGCGAAGAGACCGUGUUCGGCCCCAACACGGACGCUUUCAUCCCGGAUCGCUGGCUGGACGACAACGGGGACUUCCGAUCUUCCCUUCCGGCGCCAGCGUUCGGGUAUGGGCGACGGACCUGCCCAGGACGGUACUUCGCGCGCAAUGUCCUCUGGAUCAUUGUGGCGCGGUUGCUCUGGUCGUUCGAUAUCAAAGCCGGUGUGUCUGAGACGGGCGAGCCGGUCCCCGUGGACCCGGAAGCGUGCACCUACGGUUUGGUCAUGCGCGCCCUGCCCUUCAAGGCGCGAUUUGUCCCGCGCGGGUCGUGGGUGCGUGAGGUGAUCGCUCGAGGGGGGGAUACUUAUGGCGCGGAUCACUCGGCGCUGCUGCGGCAGAUUGGGCCUGAGUUUGGGAAGCUGUAACUGGAAGGUCAAAACCACUUGAUACUGUGUACUAUAAGGCUACUGUAAGCACAUAGACCACUAAAAUCAUCGGUUGAGUUAGCGACGCGUCGUGGUUGAGCCCAGGUAGCUGUCUGGUUGUAAGAACCCACCCCGCAUCGAGCUGGAUUGGACAGGGUCUAUCUCCACGUGGCAUGGCACUUUUACCGCAUGGUUGAGGUGUCUCGGUCAGAAAUUGACUGGCUAGCUUUGCGCGAGUUGGGUCGAGAUACCGACUAUAUUCCAUGUCUACGGG